UCUGGUACAGGAGGUGUUAGUGGAUUACUGCUGCUGCUGCUGCUGCUGCUGCGGAGACUCCCAACAAGGCGGACUGCAAGGGCUACUUUACAUAAACAGGACGCCACAGAUGACAAGUGCAAACCCUGCACACACACACACACAGUAGAGACCAGGAUACACUGGUGUGUGAAUGCGCGAUGUCUUCUCCCAACGCCACCUCCAGCCCUCUGAGCACCCUGGCACCAAAGAGGAAAACUAAGAAGAAACACUUUGUGCAGCAGAAAGUGGAGGUUUUCCGAGCCAGUGACCCUGUGCUGAGCGUCCUCAUGUGGGGGGUCAAUCACUCGAUGAACGACCUGAGCCAGGUGCCUGUACCUGUCAUCCUGCUCCCAGACGACUUCAAAGCCAGCACCAAGAUAAAAGUGAACAACCACCUCUUCAACAAAGAGAAUCUCCCAGGACAGUUCAAGUUCAAAGAGUACUGUCCACAAGUUUUCAGAAACCUGCGAGAGCGCUUCGGAAUCGAGGACCAAGAUUAUCAGGUGUCUCUGGCUCGCAGUCCUCCACUCAAAGACGAGGACGGGCAGUGCAUGAGGCUGCUGCUGACGUCAUACGACCGCACUUUGGUAUUGAAAGAAAUCUCCAGUGAGGAGGUGGAGGAAAUGCACAACAUCCUCUCUGAGUACCACCAGCAUAUUGCCACCUGCCACGGCAAUACGCUGCUCCCUCAGUUCCUGGCCAUGUACAGAGUCACUGUGGAGAGCGAGGACACCUACCUGCUAGUCAUGAGGAAUAUGUUCAGCCACAGACUGCAUGUACACAGGAAGUAUGACCUCAAGGGGUCCCUUGUGUCUCGUGAAGCAAGUUUUAAAGAGAAGGUGAAGGAGCUUCCCACCUAUAAAGACGUAGACUUCAGGAACAGCAUGCAAAAAGUUUACGUGAGCGACGAAGGGAAGGAGAAGAUCAUGGAGAAGAUCAGCAGAGACAUCGAGUUUCUGGUGUGUAUGAGGAUCAUGGACUACAGCCUGCUGCUGGGCAUCCAUGACGUGGAGCGAGCUGAGAGGGAGGAGGAGGAGGAAGAGGAGGAUGAGGAUGAGGAGAUGGAGGCGUCCCACGAAGAGGAAGAGGAGGAUGAAAACGGCCUGGCUCCUGCUCCGGGCUCCGCCUCACCUGAGGGUAUCGGUGGCUACAUGAACUCCUACAAACCCAUGGGCCCCGGGGAGUUUGAUCCUUAUGUGGAUGUGUAUGCUAUUCAGAGCUCUGUAGGUGCACCCCACAGGGAGGUGUAUUUUAUGGGCCUGAUUGACGUGCUGACGCAGUACGACACCAAGAAGAAAGCCGCUCACGCUGCCAAGGCCGUCAAACACGGGGCAGGAGCAGAAAUCUCAACAGUUCACCCGGAGCAGUACGCAAAACGUUUCCUGGAGUUCAUCACUAACAUCUUUGCCUAGUUAAAGGAUUCAACCCAGGCUACAAUCAUUGUUAAAUACAAGAGGAGUCCCAUUAUGCAAUGCAUUAUCAUCUCAAAUCAACGUCGAGAAACUUUUAAAUGAUCCAUGUGGUUUUUGAGUAUUCUCCCUCACCCACCUAUUAUUAUUCUGUACCACAAGAUGGACUGUUUGGAUGUGUGGAUUUUUAUUGUAAUGGAAAAUCGAGAUUUGCAGGCGGGAGGUAAAAGUCCUCUUGGCAACUUGUUGUUGUUGCUAAUGGGUUUUCUUUUGUUUUCACUUAAAAGUUUUUUGGCAACAUUGCUUUGACCUUUACUGGCAGCCAGAGAAAGAGGAUUUGCAAAAAAAAAAAAAGAAGAAAUCACG